ACGUAGCUUUGUUUUUCUAGUUCAAUUAUUUGACGAGAAAGAGCAUUCAAAGUUGAACAAAUUUAUUAUGCGUAUUAAUUCAAAAUGCAGAAUUUUGAUAAAACUUCCAGAUGUUUCCAAUUUUAAACAAUCACAGCGCUCAUUACGUUUCAAAUGACUAAAGGUGAAAAAAUAUAUUAGGUUUGGUAAAAAACGAAUGUGUUUUGAGGGCAAGACUUUCUCGUUCAAAAAAGAUACGUGCCUCAAUCUUAAUAUGUUUUUCUUUUCACAUGUGACACCUCUUUAAAACUAUGAAUUACAAAACCAGAGAAAAUGGCAGGAAUAUGUGGUUUAUUGAAGAUACUUUUCAUCAUGUAAGGUUUUAAAACAGUCACACAGGACACAUACCUCAAAGAAUAGCAACCUGAUGCUGUAGAGAAGAAUUUCUAUUCUUUAAAGCAAGUUGGCUUCUCCAAAUAUAAAGUUUCGUUUCGUAUCUUGUAUUUGAAAGUUAGCUGAGUAUUUGACAAUAGAAAACAAUUGAUUUAUAUAAUGAAGAAAAAACUGCUGUUGAUGCAUUUUAAAUUCAUUGAUUAAACCAUAGAUAUUCAUGAAUGCAAUUUCAUCCUUUCGAAUGAUAUUUAAAUUAAUUUGAUGUGCUCUGUUUCGAUAUUUCCUUUGUAACCCAUGAAUUAGAAAUACAUGACAAUGAGUGUAUGUUUCUUCAUUCGAAAUGCGAUGUUUUUCGUGCUGUCAUUGUUGAAGUCUAUAAGUAAUAAGUAUGAAGACGAGUUAAAAUUGAAAAAGGCUAAAAAAAUUUGCUAAAAUUAUCUAUUUUGAACUGAAUGGCACAAAAAUACCCUUCUGUUGUGUAUCUAAAUAAGCAGCACGUGCGCUAAAUGCUAUUACCAAAGAUUAAUAAUGGAACGAUCAAUCAGCAUGGGAUCUAUCUUGAAUGAUAUAAGCAUCUUUUUUUCAUUGUACAGCCACUACUUCUGGUAUCCAGUCAAGCUAUUCAGGCACUUUAACCAAGAAAAGUUCUUCAUUUAUGCGCCCAAAACAGGAAGCAUACCGUUUCUACUUCUUACCAAUUCAUGUAAAGAUCUCAAGCAGUGGCAUUUAUACGUUUUUAUGUGAAAGUGGUAUCGAUACUUACGGGUGUCUCUAUAAUGAACCAUUUCAUCCAAGCAGCCCAAGUUCGAAAUUAAUAGUGACCGAUGAUGAGAGCGGCUCAAAGCAGAACUUUAAGCUCGUAGCAAAUUUGACAACAACUGAGUCAUUGAUUCUCGUUGUUACAACACACAACGCGAGACAAACUGGACCAUUUAAAGUUACAGUCUACGGUCCAGAAAAAGCAAUCUUAACUCCUUAUGUCACAAUACCACUCACCACAACGAGCACCUCUACAACAACAAGCACCUCUACAAUAACGAGCGUCACUAAAUUAGGAGUUGGAGGUAGUGCAGGUAAAAAUGGUUCGAACAUUCAGUGGGAAGGAAAUAAUUGGGCUAUGUCAUGUAAUUUUCCUGGAAAUGAUAUGUUCAAUGUUCAAAUUCGAGGAGAAGAUUGUGGUGGAAGAUGUGCUCAAACCUCAAAUUGUACACAUUUUACAUGGACUACAUAUCUAGGUGGUACUUGUUGGUUGAAAUCAGGCGCUGUCUCAAAAAACGAUGCUAUUGAAACUAGUGAUCUAUCGAUGGUCUGUGGUGUGGUCUAA